AUGUCUAAUCCUGAUGACUGGCCGGAGGAGGCCAAGAAUGAAAUCUCUAGGCUCGAGUUCGACAAUGAUGCGCUUCAGCAGGAGGUGGGUCGCUCUGUAGCCAAGAUCAUUUCACUCCAGGGUGAAGACGACCAGAUUACAGAUGGCGAUUUGAAGAGAAGAUUUGAAGAGAUUUGCGCCAAUAUCGAGGACUGGACCACAGCCAUCGAGGUGGAAUUUCUCCAGCAGGGGCGGGAGUUCCGCCAGGUGUUCCACCAAAUACUUGAUGAUGACCCUGGACGGAGGUUUCUGUAUCGUUGGGGAUUGCUGGAACCCCUCCAUGAUAGUGCUCAAGAAAUUGGAAAGCUGUACUGGCUAGGUCAGCUCGACACAUGUAUCAAGGUUGUCUUGUCACGCGUCAUAUGGCAAUCCUUGUACGCUGAAGUCUUCGUCAAAACAUACCCUCCUGGAACAAGAGACGACGCUGCCAACGGACUGCAUUACAUCACCGACGCAAUCAGGCACGGCGCGGACGGAAGACUCAAUGAAGAAUCAGUUUUUCAAGCGAACAAAUGGAGAUCAAGCGCCUUUUCUAGUCUCGCGACGACAAAAUGGUUCAGGUCUACACGCAAGACGCAAUUGGCAAAGAUCUUGAAUUCACUGCGGGAUACACUAAGCAGACCUCCACUGUCCAUGGACGAAAGCACAUUCAGGAAAAACGCCGUUAAGCUCGAAGACGACAUCAUUCUGGCGGCUGCAACCCUUAAACAAGAGAUGGCUUGCUCCACGCUCGAAUACACUAUUCUCGAUCCUCGCGACUGGCUCUCUCCUCAAACCCAACUAUACGAGUCGACGCUGAAAGACAUUGACGGUUGGAGAGUUGUAAACCAGAGCCAGUCCGUCGGUGGCAUAUUUCUAUGCUUAUUCCCAGGUGUUUACAAAAGGGCUGCAAAGGACGGGGAGCUGUCCCCGUUGGUGAAGCCUGUUCUCAUCACUUACCACCAAGAUGCCGCAAAGAGUCUCCAAGCUUUCCAAUCGCAAGCGGCACUGUCGACGUUAAAACAACAACGUAGGAAGUCUGAGUCAAACCUCUACCUCCAUCGAUCCGAUGGAAAGCCAGGUGAAGAGGCAGUGCGCUCUGUAAGGCGAAGCAAGCAGAGUGAGCGAGCGGGAGGGUCUAGCUCUGUGUUGGCAAACUUCCUGCCCAAUUCAAUGAAGAACAUUAGAAGCCGCCAGCCAGAGGACGGAUCAAGAUCGAAUGCCAGAUCUCCCAUCGAUUCACAAAGUGGUGGCAGGGCGUUGGAAGACAAGACCAAGCAACGAAAGGCUCAAGGGCCUACACAGUCAGGAGAGAAGCGAGCACACAAAAAGUCCUCGCGACAAGCGGCCUCAGCAACAUCUUCCACAGCUACUUCGGCCGAUUCGCAGAAACGAUCGCUGGCCAGUAUGAGGCGUGAGGAUUCAGGUCGUAACUCGACAAGCGACGUGGAUGUCAUGCCCAAGAAUAUUGCGGCCCAAGACGUACCCGCCACGGUAGCGAGGGGCACUUGGCCACCGCAGAGGAGCGAUAGCAAGGAGGAGUCAGGCGAGGACCAUUCAAACUUGGACGACGCAAGCUCAACUGAUACUACUUCUGCAAGGUGCAGACUGCCAGGCAGCCCUCACGACCUGCGCAUCGACGUUGAUGUUGAGGGCCGUCCAGCGGCAUCAUACACGCUCCAAACAGCCUUGUCUGGGAGAGGUUCAGCUUCCAUAGCUUAUUCAGAGUGGGAUGACCCGUACUAUACUCCACGUAUAACACGAGAUUAG